UCUGUUUUAAAAAAUAUUUGGGAAAUUAAAAGUAAUGCUGAUUUUAUGAAUGAAUUUCCGACGAUUACUGAAAUUAAAAACGAACCGGGCAAAACAGGCUUCGAAAAUGCUUAUGCAAAAAUUAUUUCAAAAUAUAAUAUUAAACAAAUUGUUUAUAAUUAUCUCGAUUAUUUAAUUAAAAAAUAUGUUUAUAUUCAAAAUUUAUUUUGUUCAAUGGAAAUUAAAAAGGACUAUAAAUCUCGCUCAUACGAAAUAAAAGAAAAAGAUAAAUUAAUUCUUUUGAUUGGUGUUGAAUAUUUAAUUGAGUUGGAAUUGAAACACCCCAAAAUUCUAAAAAUAGGUAAGUAUUCGUUUGUAAAAUCUGUUUAUUUUGGCAUGAUAAAGUUGGUCCCAUGGUUAUUGAGAUUACCAAGAAGUUGUGGAUAUAUCCGCGUGUAUAAACUAGGGUUGUUCUCGAUCGGUUAA